AUGGAUGGGUCCCAGCUCGAACUCGACAGCGUUUCGGUUGUUGGAAGUUUCGGACCGGCGGUGGAAGCUUCUGAAUCGCAAGUCACUGCAACCGACUGCACAUUCUCCAACAACAACGGUUCCUCCUCCUUAGCAGGUGCCAUCUUCGUGUACCUUGGGAACCUCACCAUCGGCGGCGACACAAGAUUUUUGGAGAACCAAGGAAGUGCAAUCGGCGUAUGGAACAUCUUGAACAGCUUCGACCGGGCUAGUAUCACGGGCAAGACGACGUUUUCGGAUAACUCAGCAGAUUUACGGGGAGGUGCCAUCUACGCCUCCUACACCGCGUUUUCUAUCGAUGGCGAAACCUCGUUCAUCAACAACCGUGCUUCAGAAACUGGAGGCGCAAUAUACAUGCUGUCGAGCACCCUUGCUGCAACUGGGAACACUUCGGUGCUGGACAACGUUGCGCCUUCGGGAGGGGCUGUUGACGUUUUCCGAGGAGCUUUUUCGACGGGCGGGCAAACCACGUUCGUCGAGAACACCUCGGGCGGGGUUGGAGGGGCAUUGGCAAUUUCUCAAGACUCCACCUUGAGCGUGAGCGGCCUAACCACGUUCCUGGAAAACAAGGCAGACAAUAAUGGAGGUAUGGCGUUUUUCUCCUCUGGGUCACUAGAAGGCUCUGGGCCCGUAAACACUACCGCUUGCGUGUUCGAGCGGAACAGCGCCGACGAUGGGGGUGCCUUCUACAGCGCGGCCGGGUACGACCUUGUCCAGGAUUGCUCCUUUCAGGCCAACUUCGCAGCUUUAUCGGGAGGCGCGCUUCUCCAUUCAGGAGUUCUUGUCGGCGUACACAACACAGCCUUCCAGGCAAAUCGAGCCGGUGAGGAUGGGCUGGCCAUAAUGAGCCUCGGAAUUGCGGAGAACUUCACCGAUGUCACAUUCGCAGAGAAUACAUUCUACUGCGCUCCCGGCCAAUACGGGUCCGACGCGCACUUCUUGGACGAAGAGGUCGCUGACACCUGCCGGCUCGAGGUAGUCUGCUCGAGAUGCGUUUCAUCUCCUUGUGAGGAUGACGAUAUGCUAGACAACGGCAUAAGUGUGCUUGAAGACAACGUCGUGCCCCACUGCAAAGCGGUGGCAGUGGGUGUGAACGUUUCUGGCAACGCGGGCACCACGCUGCAAACGCUGGACCUGGAAAGCGGGUACUACCGCACGUCUGCCGAAAGCGACAUUAUCCUGGAAUGUCACCGCGAAGAGGCCUGCGUCGGGGGCAGCACCGCGGGGGAGUACUGUGCUACGGGCUAUCAAGGGGCAUACUGUGCGGCAUGCGAGGAGGGCUAUGCGUCUGGGUUGCAGUACAGCUGCAAGAGCUGUGGCGGCGACAAUGCGACAUCAGCCAUCGGUAAACCACUAAUACCUGACCACGUGUAG